AAACAGCUGCAGUUAGAUCUAUAAAAAUUUGUCUGGAAAAAAAAAAGAAAUUUAGCCAUUGAGAUGAUUGACUAAAAUGGCCGACGCAGACACAAUACGAAGGCUGUGGAGAUAUAAAUCUGAUUUAGAAGAGGGCCCAGAUGAAGAAAAGCUUCUAGAAAUACUUGGGAAAUUAAAACGUCUCCAUGUCUCCAUAGCAGCACUUCAGGAAACUGGGGUGGGUAAAUUGGUUAAUGCUUACAGAAAAUAUGAGGGGAUUGUGGGUCAAAGAGCUCUGGAAGUUGUCAACUUUUGGAAAACCCAGGUUGAAAAGGAAGUGGACCAAAAAAGCACCCAGAAAGUUACAAAGUCAGAGCACAUCAAAACUGAGGACCAAGACAGUGACGCAGAUAGUUGGAAUUCAUUUCACGAGGAGACCAGUGACAGUGAGGAAGCAGGACGAAACCACAAAGAUCCCAGUCACAAAGAAAAAUAUUCAGACAAGAAGAAACCACCAGGCGAAGUCUACAUCCCUACACCUAAAAAACCUCAGGGCUCUCAUUAUGAGCCCAAGAAAAGACAAUCUGAGGCAAGCUCAAAUUACAUGCCCAGUGAGAAAGAGAAGAUCACAUCACAUGGAACACCCAAACAGGACUACAUUCCAACUAAGAAAAUGAAUGGUCAGGUCACACCCAAGUCUGCUUCUUUGGCACACAGUCAUGGGGAUGAAGAUCUGACUGAUAGUGACAUUGACAUGACAAAUGCCAACACAGAAUUGGAUGAGUCGAAAUCUUCCUCUGUAGAAGAAUAUUACAAGCAUAUGUUAUCCCAGCACAGGGAAAAGAACUGUGAUAUAGUCAAAGUCAAAGAAGAAAAGAAAGAGUCUCAACAAGACAGACCAAGUAAUAAGUCCAUUUCUCAAAAAGAUAGACAGUCUGCUGAUAGUGAGUCUCAUUCCAAAAAGAGAAGUGAUAGAGCGCACAGUGUAGAUGAAAGAGGUGACAGGCAAAAGGACAUCAAGAAAGUUGACAGGAAGAGGAAGAACCAUACCAUUAGUGAUAGUGAAAGCGAUGAUUGCAGUGAGAAGAAUCCCAAGCAUAAAAUGCUGUCUUCAUCACAAAGCCAUAAAUCAUCUCAUCACAAAUCCUCAGGUCACGACUCAUCUUCAAACCUCAAGUCAUCAUCAGAUCACAGGUCAUCAUCAGAUCACAGGUUAUUGUCAGAUCAUAGGUCAUCAUCCCAUCACAAAUCAUCAUCAUCAAGCCGGAGCUUGUCCAAUCAUAAGUCAGAUUCAGGUGGAGAUCAGCGAUCAUCAGAGCACAAAUCAUCAUCUCACCAUUCUACUUCUAGUCAUAAAUCAUCUCACCAUUCAUCUUCUAGACAUAAAUCAGACCAUAAACCUUCUCAGCAUACUUCUUCCUCCGAUCAUAAGUCAUCUUCACAUCAUUCAUCCUCUAGUCAUAAAUCGUCAUCACAGACUACAGCCCCUAAAAGAGAAUCAUCAGUAGAUUGUAAAUCAUCUUCAAACAUUUCCUCCUCCAGUCACAAAUCAUCCUCACAUAUCUCUUCUCGCAGUUCAAGCUCUGAAACAGAAUAUGUGCCUUCCAAAAAAACUAAAAUUGACGAUGACAUUGGAGAAUUGUAUUCCCCUACAGUCAUUAGGCCCCAACAUUGUGAUGAGGCUAAACCAGCUUAUUCUCCAACCCCUAUAAAAAAUAAUGUCAAGAUAAAAAGUGGUAGCUAUUCCAAGUACCAUGAUGCAGCAGAGCAGCAUUUUCCAACCUCCCCCCCUGCUAUACAUAAUGAAAUAAAAGGAAAAAAAGAAAAGCACUCCUCUAGUUCUGUAAUUAGAGAACAGCAAUACUCUCCAACUCCAUUGUCUAACAAUAUUAGAGUAAAAGAAGAAAGAUACUCUCCAACUCCCGUAUCCAGCAAAAUCAAAGUGAAAGAAGAGAGAUACUCUCCAACUCCUGUGAAUAACAAAGUCCAAGUGAAAGAAGAGAGAUACUCCCCAACUCCUGUUACUUACAAAGUAAAGGUAAAAGAAGAGCAGUAUUCCCCCACUCCCAUUUUAAAAGAGACAAGAGUGAAAGAAGAGAGAUAUUCUCCUAUUCCAGUGGGUGGAAGUUCUUUUGCAAUCACAUACUCUCCAACACCUGUGAAUGCAAUACAUCAAGAUGAAGAUAGUGAUGCCAACUCAGAAGAUCAAAGCAAGGGCCACUCAUCCAGUCAUUCAAAAUCAAGUAAGAACUAUUUUAAAGAAGGUGACCAUUCUUCUUCAAGUAAGCAUAAGAGUCGAUCACAUCAUUCAGAUCACUCAAGCACCUCAUCAAAACUGACACAUUCCCAUCACACUAAAGAUUUCGAACAUACAUCCUCAUUGAAACAAUCAUAUUCAUCCAGUCAUGAACAUAAGUACAGCACCCAUUACUCCAGUAGUAAAGACAAAAGCAAAGUCUCUCAUUCAUCUAGAUCAGAUGACAAGUGUGACUCUAAAGAAAGCAACAGUGACAAAAAAGUGACAUCCUCGGAUCCCAAGCAGAACAAACAAAGCAUUGUCUCUACAAAAAAAAACUCUACAAGUUCUCACUCAGACUGUGUUGUUGAUAAGCAGAGAUCCCAUUCUUCUAAACACAAAAAAGAAAAGCCCAAAAAAACGUAUUCCACUGAUGACGUUGACUUGUUUUCUGAUGUCAUUAAAUUAGAAACUAAGGCUUGUGACAAAAAAGUCAACCAACUGAACUCUGGUGGUUCUACCACACAUAAAUCAGAAAAAUCUGGGAGUUCCACUAAGUCGCUUCCAGAAAACAAACCUUCACCUUCAACAUCUCGUUUGGCGUCUUCCAAGCGUAAGCCUGUCAUUCAAUCUGAUAGUGACAAUGAUACAGGCUACAUAGCUCCAGAUUCCCCAAAGUCUGAUGAGCUUUCAAACAGCUUGAAUAAGGGGAAAAAAUCUGAUAAGCCUUAUAUUGAUGAAAGUGCCAUGUCAUUUGAUGACUUCUUAAACUUUGAUGAAGCUGCUAUUAUGAAGAAGAGCAAACCCAGUUCAAAAUCAUCCAAGGCAGUAGCCUCAACUUCUAAGGCAUCUUCAUCAACUUCAAAGACCUCAUCUUCUAUCUCUCUAUCUUCAAAAGCCAAAAGCAGCCAGUCGCCAUUAAUUGAAACUAGUAAAUUGCAGCAAACAUCUUCGUCCAAGUUCUCUAUUCCUACACCCACCAAAUCAUUGGUUGUCACAGAGAAAGACCUACUCAGUCUGCUCCCUGAGACUCAUGCCCAGUAUAAGCCACUUAGAUACAACCCUUACUACAUGGAUGGAGACGAGAGAGCUCGUUCACCAACUCCACCCAGAUUUGACCCAGAGACUGUUGGGGUGAAGUCCCUGGCUAGAACGCAAGUCUACUCUGGCAGAAAGCAUGGAAUCACUGAGGUCAAGCCAUUGUAUGAUCUGUGCAUGCAAGUAUUAAUAGAAAAUAUAGACUUGAUAGAAGAUGUGGGUGGUGUCCCCUAUGCAAUCCUGAAGCCCGUGCUAGAGAGGUGUACAGCCCAACAGCUGUGUGAGUUGGAGAAUUUCAAUCCACACUUCCUGGAGGAUACUGAUGAACUGUGGGAGAACCUGUGCAGCAGAGACUUCAGGGGAUGUAAGAGGGAGGAGAUGGAGUCAUGGAGAGAGCUCUACAUGAAAAAAUUUGAAGAGAGGGAACUAAAGUAUCAGAAGUUGAAAAACAAUAUGUCUUCCACAAUCACCAAAGGUCAAGCUGGCAGGAAAGCUCAACUGGCCUAUGUUGACACAGUGGCCAAGCCGCCCAGGGAAGUCUUGCGAAAACAGAAACAGUUUGGUACAGGGUGCAUCUCCAGAAAAGGAAACACUACAUUGAAGCCAUAUCGUCCAAGUCUUACAGUGCCAGCAGUCAAUCCUAUGACUGAACUUCAAAGAAUGUAUAGACCAACACCACCAAUGCUGGCAAAAGCUUUACAGAUGAGAAAAAAUAUGAGACGGUGAAUAUUACUUGUGGAAGAAGCAAUGUCGGUGAAUAUACCUUGUGGAAGAGGCAAAGAUGGUGACUAUGUUCCAAGGCUUUCAUUAUUCUAUUUUGUCAUGGAAAAAAGGUGAUAUUUCUAGACAAAGGCCACUACCCUGCUCAAGAGGAUGGUUGUUGUUCUGUUGUUAUAUUUACAAUUUUAAUCACAUUGUAUUUACAUGCUUGUAUUUACAUGUUUUGGUUCAGUAGCAAAAACCAUGUUUCAAUUAAUUUAAAAAUAAUUUAUACAUUUUUGUGAUGUUGCCUUUGUAUAUGUACAUACACAUACCAACCAAACUACUGUUAUGUUGUCUAGAUGUUAUCUAGAAAAUUAAUCUUUAAGCAAGAACUGUCUUUCCACACUUGACAUUUUAUCUUUGUAAAUAUACAAAACAGAUUAUUUAUUCCUUACUAGACCUCUGGAUCUAGUUUCACUCCAUGAACUGAGUUUCAAACUAGAUUUGAAGUUAUACUUUUCAGCAUGGUUUGAUAAUGUAAAUAGUUUUUGUUUUCUAACAAGAUGGUUGAUACAAAUAAACAUAGCUCUGCCUAUAAGUAUGAAAAACAAAUUUACCAACUCUAAUGAUAGAAAAAAUAUUUUGUGGUCAGUAAAUAGACUAAUUCAGUGUUUAUAAAUUGUAUGUCACAUACAUGAUGAGUCUUGCACUUCUCUGCAGUGACAUAAGAAGUCUAUGUACAGGAUGAAAUUUAAGGAAGUUUAUUUAUAUCCUGGUUCUUAUGAAAUUAAAUGCUGAAGUAUGAAGCAGGAUGAUGCCAUAUUUUUUUUUUUUUUUAAAUUUGGAUGAUUCAACUAAUCUCCAAAUGUUCAAAUUAUUUUGUCUAAAUGAAAUAAUUAAAAGGGGUCUAUUAUUGGCAGAACUAAAUGAUUUGUAUGCUUUCUAGUCUAUAAAGUAUGAAACACAAAUAUCUUAAUAACAAGGCAUUUACUUGGAUAUGAAGACUCAGCUGUGACUGGUGAUAGACUACUUUGAGAAAGAUGAUGGGGCUAUUUAACCAGAGAUAGGAUUUAAAAACAAAGGUUUAGUGUUGGCACAGAAAAUAUCAUUGAUUGAUAUGUAAAUUAUACAUUGAAGUAACUCAAUUGUAGCAUUAAUUUUACUCAUUGUGUUAAUUCUAUGUAAAUGACUUUUGUUGUUUUAACAUCAACUGGUUUUUAUUUAUUUAUUGGGUUGGUGUGUGUGAAGUGUUGUGUGUCCAAGCAAAACUUGCUUUAUCACUGAAGAGUUAUCUGUUAUAUGUGUAUUAUGUGAGUGUGUAGUAUAGAUGAGUAAUUAUAUAUCUUUUAUUAAAAAUAGGUUAUUGACCUAUUGUUAUUGAUCUGGGUUUACGUGUGAAAUGUUACAAAGUGUCAAAGCAAAACUCCUUGAUGGAUUUGAUUUGUCUAUGAAGUGAUCAUUGUAACAGUGUUAUUGAUCACUUUGAUGUUACAGCAUUGCUUCUUAAAUGUCUUCUAUACAAUAUUGCAAAUGUAUUUUAUUUGAAUGUUUUAAGGUAAAAACCAACAAGCCAUUAUCUUUGCCAAAUAAAUUUUUUUUGUGCUCAUAUUAAA